CGACGUCGAGACGGUGACGCCCACACCCGUGCCGCUCUAUGACAACCAGAAGGCGCGCAGCGUGAUGAACGAGUGUGAGCGCCACGUGAUGUUCGCUCGCACGGAUGCUGACGCCCCUCCGCCGCCGGACGACUGGGAGGAACACAUCAACAGGACGGGUUGGACGAUGGCCCAGAACAAGCUGUUUAAUAAGAUUCACAAGGCGCUGCAGUCUGACAGGCUGGCUCGCUUGGCUAACGAAGGGGCUUGCAACGAGCCAGUCCUGAGGAGGAUAGCGGUGGACAAAUGUGCUCGGAGGGUCCGCCAGGCUCUGGCUAGUGUGAACUGGGACACCAAACUGAUCCAGUGGCUUCACACGACGUUAGUGGAAACCCUCAGUUUGCCAGUGCUGGCUGCCUACUUGGAUGCUCUGCAAACGCUUAAAGGAAAGAUCCCCACCCUGAUCGACAGGAUGCUGCUCUCCUCUACCGCCAAGACGGGGGCGGCAGGUGCCGAGGCUCUGUCUCUGCUGCUGAAGAGACCUUGGGACCCAGCAGUGGGUGUCUUGUCGCAUAAUAAACCAAGCAAAUUGCCUGGUUCCCCCCUCAUCCUGAUUGCUUCCUCUGGACCCUCCAACUCCAUGUUCCCCACUUCUCGGCGGCACCGAUUCUGGCAGUCGCAGCUUUCCUGCUUGGGAAAGGUCAUUCCCAUCGCCACCCACCUGUUGAACAACGGCAGACGGGUGGGAGUGUUGCAGUGUCUCGAACACAUGAUCGGGGCGGUGAGGGGCAAAGUGGCGGAGAUUCACAACCACUUCUCUCACAAGCCGAUCAUCCUGAUCGGGUGGAACACGGGUGCCUUGGUGGCCUGUCACGUUUCAGUGAUGGAGUAUGUCACUGCCGUUGUGUGCCUUGGAUUCCCGCUGCUCACCGUUGAUGGCCCCAGAGGGGAUGUUGACGACCCCCUCCUGGAGAUGAAGACCCCUGUCCUCUUUGUGAUCGGUCAGAAUUCCCUGCAGUGCAACAUCGAAGCGAUGGAAGAUUUCCGGGAGAAAAUACGAGCCGAUAACAGCAUGGUGGUGGUGGGAGGAGCAGAUGACAAUCUCAGGAUAAGCAAAGCCAAAAAGAAGUCGGAAGGCCUGACCCAGAGUAUGGUGGACAGGUGCAUCCAGGAUGAAAUAGCUGAUUUCUUGACCGGAGUCCUCACCCGAGCGGAGAGCCACUCGGGCUCUGAUCCCCGUGACCUGGAUGCUGAGAAGAAGAAGAAGCCGCGUGACUCGAGCAGGAGGGAUCUGUCAUUUGACUUGCCGGAAAGAACCAGCAGGCCCGCCUCGCCGGCAGCCCAAGUGCCCGCCGCGCCUUCGGGCUCGGAGGACUUAUCCAGCGUCUCCAGCAGCCCCACUUCAAGCCCCAAGACUAAAAUGGCUGCUGUGUCCUCCAUCCAGAAGCCCAGCCAGAUCGGCACCACGCAGCUGCUGAAGAGGCAGGUGCAGAGGACAGACACUGUCCUGACGCACAAGCAGGCACAAGCUCAGUUCGCUGCUUUUCUGAAACAAAACAUGCUGGUGAGGAAAGCUCUUCCUCCUGGCACCUCUUCAUGUCUCUUUGUUCCAGUCUCCUCAGAGCACUCGGAAGGGGCUGAGAAAGAUGAUGUGCGUACGCAGCUGAAGAGGCAUCAGACCCCCAGCCCGACCCAGUGCACCAAAUCCUCCAAACGAGCCAAAAUCAAGGUGACCAUUGUCUCUCACGGAGAUGCUGCUGGCGUGGGGAACGGAGCACCCCUCACCACCCAGGCAGAAAUUGUCGCUGGAAAGCCGGUCCCCAUGGCGGUUGGCCAGUCUGUGUCGGGCGCAAAGGAGCUGUCAGGACUUCUCACCACCCCCAAGCUGAGUUCGGCAGCAGAAACCUCCUCCGCGAGUCCUGCUCCGUCUGCUGUGAUCCCCAGCAGCACGGCGCCCAGCGCGUUCCACGCCCUGCAGAGCAGGCUGGUGGCCAGCAGCGCCCACUGCAUGCAGGCCCAGCCAGCCAGUACCCUCCAAGGAGCGGCAUCUGCCAGCAGCCUGCUGCAAGGGCUGAGCUUCAGCCUGCAGGACAUCGGGACCAAGUCAUCAGCCCUUCCUGCCAGCGUGGCUGCUGCCGGGCCACCUGUGCAGACCGCAGCUGUGAAGACGCCCGCAGCUAUCCAGAACCUGAGUGCCAUAACCACGGGCACCGGCACAAUUGUCCGCACCAUCCCGGUUGCCACCUCUUUGUCUCUGGGAGCCUCAGCGAGUGGGAAGCCCACGGCCAUUCACCAGCUGCUGACAAAUGGGGGACUGGCAAAGCUGGCCAGCAGUCUCCCUGGCUUGGCUCAGAUCUCCAACCAGGCAGCAGGCUUGAAGGCCCCAACGACCAUUACUGUGACGCUGCGUGGGCAGCCCAGCCGCGUGACCACGCUUAGCCAGGCUGCGAUGGGGACUGUCCAGCCCCAGCUCGAGGAACAGCCGAUGCAGACGCAGGCACCUCAGUGACCACCACCAGCCCCAUGAAGACGCUCUACGUCAUGUCGGACGCCAAGCUGUCUGCGCUUACCAAGUCUGUGAUGGGUGAGGCUACCUCUGUCCCCCUCAAACUGCCGGGCAUCCAGCCUUCCUCCUCCUCUUCCUCCUCGUCUGCCAGCUCUCCCACUGGCACCGUCACCUUCGCCACCUCCCCCCUGGCCAGCGCCCCUAGCCCUCCCGGCAGCCUGGUACACUCGAAGGUGGGACCUGUCCUGCAGACCGCUUCCAAGACCGUCAUCCUGACCUCGACGCUGGCCACGAUGAAGGGUGAUGGACCCCUGGGGCACAUCGGGGAGAAGGUCAGCCUGACCAAGAGCGCCGCGGCCCUCGGCCAUGCUCUGGGGGCAGUGGAGACCCUGGGGAGGGUUCCCUCCGUGGUGGAUGACGG